AUGUCUGGAUACUAAAGGACUUAUUAAAGUUCUUUCACAUCUUAAAGAUUUACAUCAGAAUCAGUAUAAAAGGAAUUGAAUGUUCCUGGAUAUGAAACAAGAGUGAGAUAUAAGUAUAAGACUUAGUUAUUUUAGAAAUGAUUUGGGGAAACGAUAGAAUCAGGAAUUAGAUAUUGCAUGUUUUUUAAUGGCAGUAGAAAUAGAAAGACUAGUUAGAGAGAAUACAUAGUUGAAAUAGGAGAUUUAAAAUUUUAUAGACUCAGGAUUAGAUAGAGUUAAUUAUGAGAUGUAAAUAAGAGAUUUAAUGGAAAAAUUGAAAAAUCAAACAUCGUAAUAUUUAAAAUAUUUCAUCAUUUUAGUGAAAUAAAUAACUAUUCUGAAGAACGCGAAAGACUUGUAAUAAUAAUUAGAGAAUUAGAAGAUGAGAUAGGGAGAUUGGAAGAGCAACUCAAAGAUUAUGAUCCUAAUUGGAAGAAAUCUUAGAAAGAUUUAGAAUUACAAUUAUCAUUGUAACAAAAACUUUUUGGAGGCAAAACACCUGAAGAAAUUUAAAAAGAAUUAGAAGAACUUAGAAAAAAAGCAAAGAUUUUUGAUGAUAUGUAAAAGAAAAUAGGUGCUAAAUCUCCAGGUAUGUAUUUUUAGUAAGAUUUUAAGAGGAAUUAUUAAAAGAAUUAGAAAACUUGAAAAAAAAAGCAUAACAAUUUGAUGAUAUAAAUAAAAAAUUAAAUGGCAAAAAUUUUUCAGAUUUAGAAAAAGAAUUAGAAAAACUAAGAUAAAAAGCUGAUAAAUUUGAUGAAAUUAGCAAAUAAUUUUCUAAUCCAUGUAAUAGAUAUAUUUUAAACAUUUUAUAGCUGAUAUUUAAAAAGAACUUGAUUAAUUAAAAAAAAAGGCUGCAGAGUUAGAUAAAAUGAAAAUGUAGUUAAAUAAUUAAAAUCCUGAUUAAUUAUUAAAAAACUUAGAUGAAAAUAAGAAAUAAUUAUAAUCUAAAGAUAGAGAAAUCGGAGAUUUAAAGGUAUUAUAUAAUAAAUAAAUAAUUUAGAGACUUCUAUCUGAAUUAUAAUAAAGUUAAGGUUCAUAUGAUGAUUAAAUUAGAUUAAUGUAAUUGAAAAUAAAUGAAUUAGAAGAAAAAGUAGUUGGUUUAGCUUAAGAAUUAUCUAGAUACAAAAUGUUAUUAAAAUAAAAAGAAGAUGAGGUUAAUAAAAUACAAUUAUUGUUAAGAGAAAAUGAAACAAAGAUUGCAUAAAUGAAUAAUGAUUUAUAAAGAUCUAAAAAUGAUUUAUAAAGAGCAUAAGGUGAUCUACAAAAAGCAUAAGGAGAUUUAAGAAAAGCUUAAACUGAUUUAUCUAAGGCUUAAUAAGAGAAUUAAAAUUUGAAAUCACAUGUUGAUGAUUUAAGAACAUAAAAUUAAGCAUUAGUAUAGGAAAAUAAUAAUUUAUAAUAAGAUUUGGAAAAUCAAACAUAAAAUUAAGGAUAACUAGAUGAAAUUAAAGAUUAAUUACAUGAAUUAGAAGAUGAGAAAAAUUAAUUAAAUGACAAGGUUUCAGAUUUACAAAAUAAUUUGAAAGAAAAAUAAAGAUUAUUUGAUUAAAAAUAAUAAGAAUUAUAAGAUGCUUUAAAAAGAAUAUAAGAUCUUGAAGCUAAAUUAAUUGAAAUGGAUCAUUACAUUGAUACAUUGGAAGAUGAUUUAUAAAAGUUUGAAAUAGAUAAUCAAAAAUUAAAUAGAGAAGCAGGAUAAAAGUAAUAGGCAGAUAGAGAAUUAGAAAGAUUAAAAGGAUUGUUAGAUUAAAUGAAAAAUCAGUAUGAUUAAUAACAAAAAGAGUUAGGAAAACUUAGAAACAAUCUUGAUUAGAUGAGAGAUUUGUAAGAUGAGCUUGCAUAAGCAAAAUCAGAAUUAGAUAGAGCAAAUUAAGUAAUUGCAUAAUAAUAAGAUGAAUUAGCUUAAAAAGAAAACGAAAUUUCUCAAUUAGUCAGAGAAGUAUAAAAUUUAGAGGAAUCUAACAAUUAAUUAAUGGAUAAGAAUAAUUCUCUUUAAUAAACAUUAUAAGAAUAAUAAGCAGUAACAAAUGGAAAUUAAGAAGAAUUAUCAAAAUUGAGAAGAAUAGCAGAAGAUUAUAAAGAAAAAAUCAAAUAAUUGGAAACAAAGUUUAAUGAAUAUUCAAAUAUGGAAGAUAAACUAAAGUAAUCAGAUCAUAGAAUAGCAGUUUUAAUGACUGAAAUAGAGAGAUUGAAUUCGUUAGUAAAAUAAAUAACAUCUGAAACUGAAGAUUGGAAAUAAAAGCAUUCUAGAAUAGAAUUAGCUCUUUUAGAAUAUAGAUAGAUUGAAAAAACUAACAGAGAUGCUGUAAAUAAAAAUUAAUAAUUUAUAAAUGAAAUUGAAAGACUAAAGAAAUUAUUAGAAGCAAAACAUAUAGAAUUACUUUAAACAAUUGAAAGAUGUGAUUUAUUAGAGUCUUAAUAAUAAACUUUGAUGAAUUAAGUUUAAGAUGCUUUAAAAAAAGCAGAUACAGGAGAUACUAUUUUACUUUCAUAUUUGUUGAUUGCAGCAGAAAAUGAAAGAUUGUCAGGAAUUUUAUAACCUAUUUAAGAAAAGUUUAAUUAGCUAACAGUUUAAAUAAAAGAAAUGUCAGUAAAAUAUACUGAAUUAUAAAAUAAAACUUUGGGUAUUGAUUUGGAUGAAUAUGAAAGAUUAAAAAAAUUAAUAAUUGAAUAUGAAAAUAAAAUUGCUAUGCUCUCUCUAGAAAUUUAAAGAUUGAAAGCAAAAACUAAUAUUGUUGAUAAAAAUAAUAAUGGAUCAUAAGGUAAUUUUAGUAGUAAUAAUAAUAUAAAUAUAUAAUAUAAUAGUUCUAUGUAUUAAUCUAAUGAAGAUUUAUCUAAUAAAAUUACUGAUUUAUUAUGUUUAAUUGCAAUGAUGUCAGCAGAGUUGGAUGUCUUAAGAAGCAACAAUGAAAAAUAGAUUUAAUAAUAAAUGGUAAAUUAAUAUAGACAAAAUAAUGAAAUUACAAAUGUGUAAGCAAUUUAAUCAGUUGAAACUACAUCAGGGUUUUCUUAUCAGAGAAUUUCCUCAAAUAGAAAGUAUUGA